AUGAUUCCAAUUAAAAACCAGCCAACUUCCGAUGACUCGAACCACCAACAAGCAGAACUAACGAACGACAAGAAUCAGAUGAAACGAGAUGGAAGUGGAAUUAUUAAAAGAAAUAAGAACGAAAAUCAAGAUCAAGAUGAGUUAGUCACAACAGUCAAGAAGAGCAAAAGAGAAGAUUUGGGAGUGGAGAACUCGGCACAAGUGGGGAGCAAUAAAGGCAAAAAAUGGACGUUGCGGACAGAGCUCCAACCCCUCCGCCACUCCAUCGCAUCCGUAUUGUCUCCAAACUAUUCCUCCAUGACUUCAUCACUUUCUUCAUCAACGACAGAUUCACAUUCAUCAUCAAUAUCUGUUGAGAUGGCACUGGAAUUUCUUAACAAACCGAUCAGUGAUAAAGACGAUAUGAAUGCCGAAGGAAUUGUGAAAGGAAUAAGAGAGUGGCUCUCAUUGGGUCUCUGUUCUCAAGAAUUCUUUCCCUCUCAUAUUCUGAAUAUCGAUGAGAUACGAUUCGAUGACGUCAUCACCUAUCCACAAGAAUAUUUCUCGUUGGAUAGUGGACGGAAGCUAUUCGUCAGAAUGUAUAAUUGGUUGAGAAUAAGUGAAGCUUUGAAAAUGAAGAUAUUGUCAUUAGAUCAAUCUACGAAGAGAAUUAAAUCGGAGGAAUACUCAGUGGACUAA